CAGGAGAUAAUUUUGCCGCGGAAACGGGUAUGAAUUUCUGACGGAGUGGCUUGCAUCUCUCAGUUUCUCUUUCAUCAAAAUCUGUAUGUUGAAACAAAUCUUCUCUGAAGAUCGAUCGAGAUUAUAGUAAUCCUGGUCAGAUUGCUAUCGUGUUCGCUGUAUCCAGGCCGAAUUUCUUUAGUAUUUCAGGCCGGAUUCAGGCUCAGAAUUUCCUCAAUAUAUAAAAACUCUUUCCAUUCCUUCCCUCUCUCUCUCUCUCUCUCUCUCUCUAUCUCUCUUAGUCCGAGACAUCUUUUGCUUGAUAUCAUUGCCUUAUCUCUAAGCGUCCAUUCUCAUAUUGGGCGAACAAUUCAGCAAUGAGUAUCAUUAUGUCCGGACCUCUUGAGAGGCCGCCUAAACUCGGACUAGAGAAAUCAGACAUGAGUACAUCAGAAGAUGAGAAGAAGAAAUCACUUGGGUCUCUCAAGAAAAAGGCAUUGAAUGCCUCAGCCAGAUUUAGGCGUUCUGUGACAAAGAGGAGCAAGAGACAGAGCAGAGUUACAUUUGAAAUGGAGCUUGAUACGGAAGAAUUGCAAGCUGUGGAUGCAUUUAGACAAACUCUUAUUUUGGAAGAACUUCUUCCAGCAAAGCAUGAUGACUAUCAUAUGAUGCUUAGAUUUUUGAAGGCGAGGAAAUUUGACGUGGAGAAAGCAAAACAAAUGUGGGCAGAUAUGCUCAAAUGGAGGAAGGACUUUGGCUCUGAUACAAUCAUGAAGGAUUUUAAGUUUGAAGAAAAAGAUGAGAUUCUACAAUACUACCCUCAUGGACACCACGGAGUUGACAAAGAUGGAAGGCCUGUUUAUAUUGAACAACUGGGAAAAGUUGACGCAACCAAGCUUCUUCAAGUCACAUCCUUGGAUCGUUAUGUGAAAUAUCAUGUACAAGAAUUUGAGAGGACAUUUUCUGUCAAGUUCCCUGCUUGUUCAGCUGCUUCCAAAAGACACAUUGAUCAAAGCACAACUAUUCUGGAUGUUCAAGGAGUGGGGCUGAAACAUUUCAAUAAGACUGCUAGAGAACUCAUCCAGUGCCUUCAAAAAAUUGAUGGUGACAAUUACCCUGAGACCUUGUGCCGCAUGUACAUCAUUAAUGCAGGUUCUGGAUUUAGGCUUCUGUGGAGCACAGUGAAGUCCUUCUUGGAUCCCAAGACAACUGCAAAGAUUCAGGUGCUUGGCAACAAAUAUCAGAGCAAACUGCUUGAAAUUAUUGAUGCUAGUGAGCUUCCUGAGUUCUUGGGUGGUAAGUGCACUUGUGCUGACAAAGGUGGGUGUAUGCGAUCUGAUAAAGGUCCAUGGAAUGAUCCAGAGAUACUUAAGAAGAUAAAUAAUGACGAUGCUAAAUAUUCCACCAAGAUCUGUAUCCCAGACAUGGACAAUUGUUCUAAGACUGAAAGGAGUAAUUCAAAGGCUGCCAAGAGAAGCGACUCCUUUCGAUCAGGAAGAUUUUCCAAUGGGGAAAAUAUGCAAUCAAUCCUCCCUAACAGGAUUCCAAGAGAGCAAAUUGUACAUCCAUUGCUCUCUCCGGUCCAUGAAGAAUUUGGCUCUGGAUUUCCUGAUAGCUUCAACACUCCAAUGGUUGACAAAGCUGUGGAUGCAAGCUGGCCUAAAAAGAAUGAACAAAAUGAGAAAUUUAAUAACAUUUCUAAAGCUGAUUGUUAUAAUCCAGUAAAACCGUAUCAAGCCGGAGGACUAAGCAACCAACUAAUUGGUGGUGUAAUGACAGUUGUAGUUGGAGUUUUUGCGAUGGUCCGUAUGAGUCGCAAUAUACCCAAAAGGCUAACUGAUUCAAGUUUCUAUUCAAACUCAGUAUUUGGCGUCGAAUCAAAUGAAGUCAAGCAGCAGCCACAAGAAAAUGCUAUCUCUCAGGCUGAAUAUUUUACUGCGUUAAAGAGGAUGGCUGAAUUGGAGGAAAAAGUUACUGUUCUUAACAACAAACCGGCUAUUAUGCCACCUGAAAAAGAGGCUAUUUUAACUGCUGCUUUGACCCGGGUUGAUGCCUUAGAACAUGAGCUUUCCGCUACCAAAAAGGCACUUGAAGACGCACUUGUUAAGCAAGAAGAACUGUUGGCAUUUGUUGAGAAAAAGAUGAAGAAAAAGAAGAAGAGAUUUUUCAUUUGCUAAAUUCCUGGAGAUAUAUAUAUAUAUACAAAUAUAUAAUAAAACAUCAUUUGACAGAUUGCAGGAACAGAUAAAUCCUGGGUAAGAACCAUUAUUACAUAAGCAAAGUGGUGCUUUGUAGAUGGUAUAUUUAUUAUUAAUAAUUGUUUAUUAUCUUGA